AUGAUAUCCUUUCCAGAAAACUCACACGCUGCUGGAGAACGUGACACGUUUAGCGGCAUUUACAGUUCCUUAAUUAACAAUUCUACACAUAUCUUAGGUGGUGGUAUUCCGGUUGGCACGGUUUUAUUAAUUAGAGAAGAUCGAUAUACGGAAUAUUCAAAAUUGUUACUUAAAUAUUUUCUGUCCCAAGGGAUUGCCUCGGGGCAUCAUAUUCUGUUUGCCAGUGCCGAAGAAAGGCCAUCGAAUUUUAUAAAGGGGUUACCCUGGAUCGCUAGUAGCGGAUCGGAUGGAUCAGAAGAUGCGGGUGAUGGUGGUUCAGGUGCGAAUAGGCUUGCAGAAAUGUUGGAAGAUAAGAUGACUAUUGCUUGGAGGUAUAAAAAGAUGAAAAGGUUUGAAUCGAGCGUUGAAGAUGGUGGCCUUGUGAUGCAUCAAGGAGUGGAAAGGCCAUUUUGUCAAGUUUUCGAUUUAACCAAGUUAAUUCCACAAUCAUCGAUCGAGUCUGCACCAAUGACGUUGGUCGAUGCAAGCAUGUGGGACGAUGAGAUCGAGGAUCCAUAUCAUAAACUUUUAUCCAUAAUUCGUCAAGUGAUAGACGAAAAAUACUUCAGAGCAUCGGUUUCUCCGCCAGCUGGUGUUGAAAGGAAUAUAAUGAGAAUUGGGAUUCACUCGAUUGCCUCAUCAUCUUGGAAAUCUAGAACUCCUCAUGAUCUUUUUAGAUUUUUUCAUGCUCUACGUGGUUUAUUGCGUUAUUCGUAUAGCGCUGCCGUAAUAACAAUUCCAGCUUACAUUUAUGACUCCCCUUCAUUUAUAAGACGUGUUGAACACGUGAGUGAUGCGGUGAUCGGGUUGGAAUCCUUUGCGGGUUCAUUCUCUCAUGCGGCAAUCUAUGCACUCACACCAUCACAUGUGCGUACGCUUAAAGGUUCACCCGAAACAGUUAAUUCGGUUUACAGUGCCACUUACCACGGUUUGUUCCAUGUUUAUAAGUUACCCGCGAUCAAUUCACUCAUAGCUCCUUCAGCAAAGUUAUCGGUACUUUCCGGCGGGGGUGGAAAUAAUUUGGGUUUUAAGUUAAGGAGAAAAAAGUUUUCAAUUGAAACCUUUCAUCUACCACCUGAGGGUGGUGUUAACGAAAGGCGUACUAAGGACGGGAUUAAAUCGGACGAAAAGGACGUAGUCGAUAGAUCCGAGUGGUAG